AUGCCAGUUGCUGAACCUACUAAUGUCGUUGUUUCAAACGCUACCAAUCAAUCAGAUAGUGAAGAUAGCCUGUCCGUUUCUGACGAAGUCGAUUCCUUGAUUGACAUCGUAGAACAAAAUGAUUGGGAACAGAGACGCGUGGCAAUGGAGGAACAAAGAAGACUCCAAGAAGCAAUGGAAGUUGGGUCUCCAUUUCCACAUCCUUGGUGGAGCGCGUUUAGUAAUAUCGGUCCUGCGCCAAAUUGUUUAGACGAAUGGUUAAUUAUUGACAUUUCAAAUUCAAUUAGAGUUAAGCCUGAUUGGGAAAGAAAGUAUAAAGAUGACGUGAUUUCUAAUAAGUGGAAACAAGAACUUAGAGAUCAAUUUAGUAAGAAGACAAGAUUUAUCGAAGAAGUGAUUGAAUUUGUGUUUAAGGAAUUGGAAUGGUAUGAGAAAAUUCAAUCAACUUGGUUUGGCGAUAGUGGCUUUAAAAUUGGUUGUUCGGAUAAGAUUGUCUAUUCAGAUCAAGUCAUCAAUGACGACUUAAAAACAGAACUUAAAUCCGGAGUUGGUAAAUUGAUCAAAUCCUUUGGAGAAAACUUAGAUUACCAUCCAGGGUCAAAUAAUCAGGUUUUAGAUUUGGUUCAUCCUUCAUUGUUUCCCUUGCAGUACGAGAAAACGCCCAUUUUGGACGGAGAUGAAGUCAAGCUAGCCAGUUACAGGGAUGAGAUUAAAUGUGCAAAAAGAGCCGUUGACGAAUACGGUGUUUCUAAAACAUUCCAAUGGAUUCCCGCUGUAUUCAAGAAAGAAAACGACAAAUUCAAAAUCGCGUCAUAUAUUAAUAAUUUGCAUCCAAAAAAGCAUAGUGAUCUUUACACAACUAUUGAAUCUAUUUUUAAUGAAGUCAUUCCUGGGCUUAACUACACCUUGACUCGGUAUGCCUCAAAAGAGUUUGUUAGACUUCAAAUUCCUUCUUAUGACGAAGUAUACACUGAAGAAUUACAAAAGGAAAGAGCAAGAUUGCAAGAGGAAUUAGAAGAUGACGAUUAUGAUGAAUGGGAUAAAUUGGAGAAAAGGAUGGGGGAAUUUGUUAAAGAUUUUAAACCCAAAUGGGAAAGCGAACCCGUCUUUGACAAAGCGAUUGAUUUAAAGUCUUUCGAAGAUGUUAAAGUGAUCGUAAAGCUAGCCAAUAUUGAAUUAACACCAGAGAACCCCAAGUAUCCAGGAGGUGCAUGGCAUGUUGAAGGUACAAUCAACGAAGACAUUGUCGCAACCGUUUUGUAUUACUAUGAGAUGGAAAAUAUCUCUGACAGUAGACUUUCAUUUAGAACUGGAUUUGAAGAUCCAGAUUAUGAACAAGGUGAUGACUUCUAUACUCAGUAUUUCUUUGGAUUAAAGGACGAGGAUCUUAUGACUCGAUACCUUGGUAGUGCCGAAGCCAAAGAGAAUAGGAUUUUGAUUUUCCCAAAUAUGUUCCAACAUCAUGUUGAUCCAUUUGAAUUGACUGAUAAAACAAAGCCGGGAUAUAGAAAGAUUCUAUGCUUCUUUAUUGUUGACCCUUACAAUCCAAGAGUAGUUGGUACUGAUCAGGUACCUCCUCAGCAAUUAGAUUGGUGGAAUGAUGAAGAGUUGGAUUACUUAUUUCCUAACGACUUGAAGGAGAAGAUCAAGAAAUUAAAGGAGGGGUUAGUAUGGCCAUUAACAUCCAAUUUGGCUGCUGAAGCAAGACGUCAACUUAUGUAUGAACGAUCGCUUAGACAAGAUGCGGAAGAAUAUGACGGUGGUGCCUUUACUAGAACAUUCUCAUUGUGUGAGCAUUAG